AUGGAGGGGUCCUCUGCAACAAUUCGGCUGCUCGCUUCGGCUGUCGGUGCUGGUAUUGCGGAGGCGGCCACCUUACCCACCGAUGUCGCGAAGGUCCGCCUGCAGCUGCAGAGCAGUUCUUUGGGAGAGCUCAGGUACCAUGGCAUGGUGGACUGCAUUGUGAAGGUGGCGCGCGUUGAGGGUUUGAGAGCGCUUUGGAAGGGACUUGUACCUGCUUUGAUUCGACAAGUGAGCUACCACUCCUUCACCUUUGUCCUUUAUGAGCCCAUCAGGGACAUGGUGAGCUUAGUCCUGGCAAUGGAAGCUGGGAGGAGCAAUUAUUUUCAGCGACUCUUGGCUGCGGGAAGCUCUGCGGCCAUUGCCAUUGCGCUUUUCAAUCCUACAGAGGUGCUGAAGACACAGAUGCAAAGCAGUUCCGGCAACGUGACCAUGAAAGAGGUUGCACGGAAGGUUUGGAACAAAGAUGGCUUGAAAGGCUUUUGGGCUGGACUCCGACCCAACGUGGUCAGGACAUUCCUUGUCAAUGGUGCUGAAAUAGGUACCUAUGACGAGUCAAAGCUGGUCUUUCUGGAGUCCGUCGGGGAUGGUUUGGUUGCGCAUGUUUCAGCCAGCUUUGUGGCUGGCCUUGCUUCCGCUUGUGUUUCAACACCUGCAGACGUGGUGAAGACCCGCUUCAUGAACGCAGCAGGUUCCGACCAGGCUUACCGGGGUAUCGUCCACGCUGGCUUUUGCAUCCUUCGCGAUGAGGGGUUUCUGGCCCUCUACAAGGGCUUUCUCCUCAUCGUUUGUCGCAAACUCAUUUGGUGUACUGUGUUCUUUGUCAUUUACGAGCGGCUGCUGCGGGCCCUAAUUGAGGCCUUUGGCGAGUCGCAAUGA